CCCCGCUCCCGCUCCCGUUCCCGCUCCGGCCCCGCUCCUCCGGAAGCCCCAUAACGUCAAGUUCCGAGCGCCGUACCAGCCUUUGCGGGAAAAACUCCUCCCACGACGUUGAGGGCUCGGCCUGGGGACAGGAUGCCCUCUCUGCUAACCUUGGGGCCAGCUCAGAAUUUUCUCCCACCUCUGAAGAUAUGUCUUCACUCUCCCUGCCUCCACAAAUUCCCAUAUAGAUCUCAAGUACAAGACUCAAGUGAAGACUAGGAGAUGAGGAAACUGAUACUCAAGAAGAUUAAAUGUCUUGCCUAAGAUGACAUGGUUUAUAAGUGGUAGCACAGGGAAUAGAACCCAGACAACUAGACUACAGAGACCCAUUCCUCUCCCAUUUAUCCCUCCCCCUCAACUCCUGCCAUACCAUCACCACCAUUAUUUCUCUCUCCAAGUAUCCUUUCAGAACCACAUCAAAAACUCUUAAAAUGAUGGUAAAUAUUCAGAUUCCAGAGACCCCAUCCCAGUCUAUGAUCCCACACUCACACUGCCCACCUGCAGGUCGACUGCAGGCUGACAGCGCUAGGUGGAGGAGGGGUGUGCAGUCAGACCCUACGCCCGCGGGGGUUGUGGUGAGGCGCCCCCUCCUGGCUGCCCUAGAGCUCAGGCCCCGCCCUCCCCCACCCCCCUCGCCCCCGCCGCACCACUUCCGGCAGGCGCUGCGCUGCUGGGGGGCGCGGGCGAGGAUGGCGGCGGAGAACGAGGCCAGUCAGGAGAGCGCCCUGGGCGCUUACUCGCCCGUGGAUUACAUGAGCAUCACCAGCUUCCCGAGGCUGCCGGAGGACGAGCCGGCGCCCGCGGCCCCUCUGAGGGGCCGCAAGGACGAGGACGCCUUCCUGGGAGACCCCGAUACCGACCCGGACUCCUUCCUGAAGUCUGCGCGGCUGCAGCGGCUGCCUUCGACGUCGUCGGAGAUGGGCAGCCAGGACGGGUCGCCGCUGCGGGAGACACGCAAGGACCCGUUCUCUGCAGCAGCGGCCGAGUGCUCCUGCCGCCAGGACGGGCUCACAGUCAUCGUCACGGCCUGCCUCACUUUUGCCACGGGUGUCACUGUGGCGCUUGUCAUGCAGAUUUACUUCGGGGACCCUCAGAUCUUUCACCAGGGUGCGGUGGUGACUGAUGCUGCCCAUUGCACAUCGCUGGGCAUUGAGGUGCUCAGUAAACAGGGAUCUUCCGUGGAUGCCGCUGUGGCAGCAGCCCUGUGCUUGGGGAUCGUGGCUCCACACAGUUCUGGCCUGGGCGGUGGCGGCGUGAUGCUGGUACAUGACAUCCGAAGAAAUGAGAGCCACCUAAUUGACUUCCGGGAGUCUGCACCAGGGGCCCUCAGGGAAGAGGCCCUGCAGAGAUCCUGGGAAACCAAGCCUGGGCUCUUGGUGGGGGUCCCCGGAAUGGUGAAGGGGCUACAUGAAGCUCACCAGCUCUAUGGCAGGCUGCCAUGGUCCCAAGUCCUGGCCUUCGCAGCAGCUGUGGCCCAAGAUGGCUUCAACGUGACCCAUGAUCUAGCCCGAGCCCUGGCCGAACAGCCUCCGCCCAAUGCAUCUGAGCGUUUCCGUGAGACAUUCCUGCCAUUGGGCCACCCGCCACUACCUGGCUCACUGCUGCGUCGGCCUGACCUGGCUGCAGUGCUGGAUGUGCUGGGCACCUCUGGCCCCACCGCCUUCUACGCAGGAGGCAAUCUUACACUGGAGAUGGUGGCUGAGGCUCAACAUGCAGGGGGUGUCAUAACUGAGGAGGAUUUCAGCAACUACAGUGCCCUCGUGGAGAAUCCUGUGUGUGGCGUCUACAGAGGCCACCUGGUUCUCAGUCCCCCACCCCCGCAUACAGGGCCUGCCCUCAUCAGUGCUCUCAACAUCCUUGAAGGCUUCAAUCUUACCACCCUGGUGUCCCGGGAACAGGCUCUUCACUGGGUGGCAGAGACCCUGAAGAUUGCAUUAGCCCUGGCCAGCAGACUGGGAGAUCCUGUCUACGAUUCUACCAUCACUGAGAGCAUGGAUGACAUGCUCAGCAAGGUGGAAGCUGCGUACCUCCGGGGCCACAUCAAUGACUCCCAGGCGGCUCCUGCUCCACUCCUGCCUGUCUACGAGCUGGAUGGGGCUCCCACGGCUGCCCAGGUGCUGAUCAUGGGCCCUGAUGACUUUAUCGUGGCCAUGGUCAGCUCCCUGAACCGACCCUUUGGCAGUGGCCUCAUCACUCCCUCGGGGAUCCUGCUCAACAGCCAGAUGCUAGACUUCUCCUGGCCCAACAGGACUGCUAACCACUCUGCUCCCAGCCUGGAGAAUUCGGUGCAGCCAGGGAAGCGACCACUGUCUUUCCUGCUGCCCACUGUGGUCCGGCCGGCAGAGGGGCUCUGUGGGACCUACCUCGCACUGGGGGCCAAUGGAGCUGCCCGGGGCCUCAGCGGCCUGACCCAGGUUUUGCUGAAUGUCCUGACCUUGAACCGGAACCUGAGUGACAGCCUGGCUCAUGGCCGUCUGCAUCCAGACCUGCAGUCUAACCUUCUGCAGGUGGACAGUGAGUUCACAGAGGAAGAGAUUGAGUUCCUGGAAGCCAGGGGUCACCAUGUGGAGAAGGUAGAUGUCUUAUCCUGGGUCCAUGGCAGCCGGAGAACCAACAACUUCAUCAUUGGUGUGAAAGACCCUCGGAGCCCAGACGCAGCUGGAGCCACCAUCCUGUAGAGCACAGGGUGGGGUGGGGGUCUCUGCUCCCCACCUUUGCAUGUUCUUAGAGUCCCUCCUUCUCCCAGGUUUGGUCUCAGGGGAACCCCAGGGAUGCCCCAGAUCAUGGGCCAGAGGGGAUGCUUAACAAACCCUAUCCGAGAAUAACUGGAAAAUUCUCUAUCCAGAGGCCUGUGGUGGUGGUGGUGGCGGCGGUGGUGGUGAGUGUCAGUGUCUACAACCAGGCAGACAGGGCCUUGAGGAGUCAGACUGUCUGCCUCCUUUCCUUCAGCCAUGCUGGCCCAGAGCUUAGGGAUGUGCUUGCAAAACCUUCUCAAGGGUCCUCACAACCCCAACAUCUCCAAUCUGGCCUGACCUGGACCUUGUCUUCCAGCUCCCUUCUCCUGUCCCCAGCCUCAUUUCUUAAAUGACUAGGAUUUUUUAAAUGGACCAUCCUGGGGAGGGGGUGCUCCUCUCUUCCUCCCACCAAGUUGAGGUGGGGCCUUGCAUCUGGGGGUUCCCAGGUUGUGGGUAGGGGUGGGGGUGGGGACCAGCUCAGGGGCUUCUAUUUGCAAAGGGGAAUUAAAGAAGACUAU